AUGAAUCGUCGUGAUAUACCGAAAAAUCCUGUUGCAAGUCAUUAUAAUCUACCACAUGCAGGAGGAAAUCGACCGGAAGUACGAACUACCGGAGGCGGUCUGAUCAAGAACAAUAGUAAUUAUUCAAAUAAUCAACAAUUAUUUUUCGUUGGAACAAAUGAAAAAGCAAGAGUAGUCGAUAGUCUUAAUCUGGAAAAUUUUUUACAACCAAAAGAAGUUCAUAUUGAUUCCGAAUUUGAAGAUGAAAUAUUAUCCAAACAUCAACAAUCAUCAAAUAGACAAGAUCCAUUACGAGAUAAUUGUUCCAAUGAUUCUAACACAUCGCAAAAUGACUGGCUUGAAAAUUCAAUGACACAAAUUGACCUAUUUAGUCGACGUCAUCGUGGAAUGCUUGAAAAUGAACGAAUCGAAGAAUAUUUUACAAAUAGUCAUUCAAAACAUGAAAAUGAAACGGAUGAAGAACAUUUUACAAUACCUGAAUUACCUAGUGGUGAACAGUUAGUUUUAAAUUUAAAAACAACAUGGGGUGAUCGUCAUUAUAUUGGCUUGAAUGGUAUUGAAAUAUUUUCUAGUGAAGGUUAUCCAGUUAUGAUUCGAAAAAUCACAGCAGAUCCAGCAGAUAUAAAUAUUUUACCUGAAUAUGGUAAUGAUCCACGUGUUGUAACAAAUCUAAUUGAUGGAGUGAAUAAAACCCGAGAUGAUGUUCAUAUGUGGCUCGCACCAUUUACAGCUGGACGAAAUCAUUUCAUUUAUAUUACAUUUGAACAUCCAGUUGAAAUAGCUAUGAUUAGAAUAUGGAAUUACAAUAAAAAUCGUAUUCAUUCCGCUCGUGGUGCUAAAUAUAUUGAAAUUUCUCUUGACGGUCAUAUGGUAUUCAAAGGAGAAAUAAGUCAAGCUUGUGGUAAUAUAAAUGCUACUAAUGAUCCAUCAGCUUAUGGAGAAACUAUUUUAUUUACUACAGACGACGAAAUUCUCGAGAAAAUCUCUACUUAUGAUGAAAUGUAUGUUGAUCAAGAAGCAAGUCAAGAUGAUGAAGAUAAUUCUCGAUUAAACAGCAAUCGACCACCCACCUGUGGAACUGAUAUUCGUCCAAUGACACGUGCUAUGUUACGACGACCUUUUACAGCUCUUCGCUCAUCCGAUGCAAAUCAAGUACCAGAAUAUUAUGGAAAUAAAUUGAUUUUAACUAUAACAGAUACAUGGGGUGAUCGUAAUUAUUGUGGUUUAACUGGUAUUGAAGUUGUUGAUAUAAAUGAUGUUGAGUGUGCAAUACAAUCCUAUGAUGCUCGUCCUCGAGAUAUAACUAUUCUACCAUCAAAUGCUAAUGAUGUUCGAACACUUGAUAAAUUAUUUGACGAUGAAAAUGUAACAUGCAAAGAUACGCAUAUGUGGUUAUGUCCAUAUAAUACGAAAGAAAAAGUACGUAUUAUAAUAACGCUAAGUGGACCAAAACGAUUACAUGGUUUACGUAUAUGGAAUUAUAAUAAAUCUCCAGAUGACACAUAUCGAGGAGUUAAAAGACUUCAUGUACAAUUAAAUGAUAAAAUUGUUUCACCGAAACAAGGUUUUCUAUUACGCCGAGCACCAGGACAUUGUUUCUUUGAUUAUGCACAAGAAAUUGUUUUUGCUCAUGCGAAAACAAUGCUUGAAAAUCAACAACAACAUAUUCAAAACAAACAAAUAUCGAAUACUAAUCGUGAUACAGAUUCAGAUAUAUCAAUGCCAAAUGGAUUUAUCUAUGAAUUUCAACUUCAUUCAACACAUGGUGAUGCUUAUUAUAUUGGUUUGAAUGGUUUAGAAUUUUAUGAUGAACACGGCGAAUGUAUUGGUUUAACUGAACAAAAUAUUGCUGCUUAUCCACAUAGUGUAAAUGCUCUUAAUCCAGGUGUAGAUGAUGAUAUUCGUACACCAGAUAAAUUAAUCGAUGGUGAAAAUGAUGAAGUUGAUGGUACACAUUGUUGGAUUUCACCUAUUUUACCUAAUGUUAUAAAUCGAAUAUUUGUUAUUUUUGAUCGACCAACAUCUGUAUCUAUGAUUAAGAUAUGGAAUUAUGCAAAAACAUCUAAUCGUGGUGUUAGAGAAUUUUCUUUACUUGUUGAUGAUUUACUUGUUUGGACGGGUAUAUUGGAUAAAAUGAAUGUAAAUGAUCAUGAAAAAUAUAGAACAAAAGUACCUUUUAAUACAAUUUUAUUUUCAAAUGAAAGAAUUCUUACUGAACAUGAAAAAAAUACAGUUUUGGAAAAUAAAAAUGCUUCAGAUAAUAUUACUAAUCCAGCAAUAAAUCGAGAUCAAUCCGUUGAUUAUUCAAAACGGCCGACAACAUCAGUUCCACGAAAUAAUCGAAAACGCUAA